GGAGAGAUUUUCUGAUCUAUCAGGAGCCGGACAAACCGCCCGUCAACAUCACAGACAACAACUUCAAGGACAAGGUGCAGUUGUGUUUUCUGAACGGGAAUCACUACGACAGCGUUUAUCCCGUCAGCCACAUCAAGGACGCCGCGCUCUGCCAGUCCAUCCUGUACGAGCUGCUGUACGACGGCGUCUUCAAAGUGGACCGCGGCUCUCUGGGUCCGUGCCAGCGCAUCAGCCGCCCCUCUGAUCUGCUGAUCGACGACAACAUGAACGCCUGCGUCAGCAGCGACGAGUCCGACCUGGACGCUGGAGACGCACUCUGGGUAGAAAACGGAACGAGCUCCACAACCGCCAGAACCCAGAGUCACAGGGGCCGCGGGCGUGGUCGGCACCUGCCCGAGCGGGUGAGACGUUCACUGAACCCGACGCUGUUCAGAAACGUGGAGUACGACGUCUGGCAGAAGACCAAGAGAGCUCAACAGAAGAUGGAUUAUUGUAUCGCCGCUGGGAUGCAGUUCACUGUCGGAGAUCGCUGCCAGGUUCGUCUUGAGGGACGAAGCUACAACGCAAUCGUCAAGGAGGUCCCUCCCGACAACGGCCUGAUGACUGUUUACAUCGAAGAACUGGGAAGCAGGAA